AUGCUGUCCGUUUCUGAUAUGGUGACGCAGUCCACCCGCUUAAUUGAGUUAGACGACAGAGCUAGACCAGCUUGGACCCUCACAUCUUCUGGCGAUUUCACCAUUUCUUCAGCUUGGGACGCUUUGCGGCCCAAAAGAGCUUGCCUUGGAUCUAGGAAGUGUGUAUGGAAUGCCAGUGCUCCUUGCAAGAUUGCUGUCUUUAUGUGGAAGCUGCUCAAUCGGUAUCUCCCUUUCCCUGAUGCCCUUCAGCGGUUUGGCCUCCAACUCCCCUCAAAGUGCUCGUUUUGCUUGAAUGGAGAGUCUCAAGAUCACGUCUUCUCGGAAUGCGUUCUAGCAUCUCAGGUUUGGAGUUUUUUUCGCCAGGGCCAUGUGGGUUCCUCAGUCGCCUACGGCCGACACUAUCUCCCGUUUACAGCAAUGGUGGCUAUGUCAUCCUCCAGGCUCUGCACGGGGUAA